AUGUGCCGCGCCGGCAUGGUCUACGCCCUCGUCCGCCACCCCCGCGCAUGCUACACCAUCGGUGCCUCUCAUCCUACCACCCUCCUUCAACCCAACGGCUCAUACACCUUGCAAUUCCCUGACGGCACCCACGCGACCGCAGACGCCCUCAUCCGCGCGGACGACGGUUGCGUCGAGGGUCCGACGCUGUGGGUGAUCCACGCCAUCGACGGCCUCCCUGUCUCCGUCUCUCGCAGAGCCGCCCUGGCGUGA